CAGUGCUCCUAAUUCUUCUGUCUUUAUGCUGCAGAUGCCUGGACUACAAGCUUGCACUAUUCUGAGAGGGAGAUGACUUGAGCAGCUGGCUUUUCUUUUUCUCUCCACAACAAUGUCCAUGAACAAUUCCAAAGAACCAGUGUCUCCUGCAGCUGGGCUCCUUUCAAAUACAACUUGCCAGACGGAAAACCGGCUUUCAGUCUUUUUUUCAAUAAUCUUCAUGACUGCGGGAAUCUUAUCAAACAGCCUUGCCAUUGCUAUACUCAUGAAGGCAUAUCAGAGAUUCAGACAGAAGUCCAAGGCAUCGUUUUUGCUCUUGGCUAGUGGCCUGGUAAUCACAGACUUCUUUGGCCACCUCAUCAAUGGAACUAUAGCAGUAUUUGUAUAUGCUUCUGAUAAAGACUGGAUCCGCUUUGACCAAUCUAACAUCCUUUGCAGUAUUUUUGGUAUCUCCAUGGUAUUUUCUGGUCUGUGCCCACUCUUUCUAGGCAGUGUGAUGGCCAUUGAGAGAUGUAUUGGAGUCACCAAACCAAUAUUUCAUUCUACAAAAAUUACAUCCAAGCAUGUGAAAGUAAUGUUGAGCGGUGUGUGCUUAUUUGCUAUUUUCAUAGCUUUGCUGCCCAUCUUUGGGCAUCGAGACUAUAAAAUCCAAGCAUCAAGGACCUGGUGUUUCUACAAAACAGAACAUAUCCAAGACUGGGAAGAUAGGUUUUAUCUUUUACUUUUCUCUUUUCUGGGGCUCUUAGCCCUUGGUGUUUCAUUCUUGUGCAAUGCCAUCACAGGAAUUACACUCUUAAGAGUUAAAUUUAAAAGUCAGCACCACAGACAAGGCAGGUCUCAUCAUUUUGAAACAGUCAUCCAGCUCCUGGCUAUAAUGUGUGUCUCUUGCAUUUGCUGGAGUCCAUUUCUGCUGACAAUGGCCAACAUUGGAAUAAAUGGAAAUCAUUCUAUGGAGACCUGUGAAACAACACUUUUUGCUCUCCGAAUGGCAACAUGGAAUCAAAUCUUAGAUCCCUGGGUGUAUAUUCUUCUAAGGAAGGCUGUCCUUAAGAAUCUCUACAAGGUUGCCAGACGCUGUUGUGGAGUGCAUGUCAUCAGUUUACAUGUUUGGGAGCUUAGCUCCAUUAAAAAUUCCUUAAAGGUUUCUGCAAUUUCUGAGUCACCUGUUGCAGAGAAAAUAAAUCGGCAAUCACCUAGUUUAAUAGGACAGCAAUUCAGUGUAGGCCUAGGACAAAAUUAAGAAAAGUUUGGCAAUGUUUUAUUUAAUUGUGUAAGUAUAUAAAGCCUAACUGGAAAAUUUAAGUGUCAGUG